AUGUCUACUGAUAAGAACCACGUGAGUUUUCUUUUUGGAAUUUUUGAGAUUCUUAAAGGUAUUUUAAGGUAGAGUAAGGCCGAUUAAGUAGGUAGGGUAGGGUAGGGUAGGGUAGGGUAAAGUAAGGCAAGGUAAGAUAGAGUAGGGUAAGGUAAGGUUGGGUAGAUUAAAGUAAAUUAGUGUAAGUAACGUGGGCUGGCAUAGAUUAUGUAACCGUAUUUUACAAAAUAAAAAUUUUAGCGAGAUAUUCCAUUCCUGCUGUCAAUUCAAUGUGGCUUAUGCUUUGCAUUUGUUUUCUGGACAAAAGAACAAGCAUCUUUACCGGUCGAUAAAACAUUCUUAGAAAUUGGCUUAAUAUUAUCGAUUCAAACAACAUUACUAGCAUUAUAUGGUUAUUACAGAAGGAAAUUCAUACUGUUUACACCGUUUUUGGUGUAUCAUGUAAGUUUUUUUUUCAAUUUUUUGUAGGGGAGGAUAAAUCACGGCAGCGCAAGGCAUAGCAAAAUAGGGCAGAGUAGAGUAAGGUUUCUUACGUUUUUAGGUAAUAACCCUGAUAGUGGUAGUAUCAGCAGCUUCUUUGUUAUCAGCCCAGCUAGUCCACAAACUUCUGUGGCCAAAAAAUGAUACAGCACAAGAUGACCUUCAAAGCAGAGAUGAUAAUAAUCAUUACUAUCAUGUCCUACAGUCACUGGCACAAAUCAUGGUGGUAGUGUUUGCAAUGACAGUGGCUGCAGGCGAUAAUGUUUGGAAGACUUUCAAGUUUGCUAUGAGACUGCGGCUCACUGGUUCUAUUGAUGAGAGGUUAAAAAACGGUGCUAGGAGUGGUACUAUGGGCAAUGCGUGUACGACCUAA